AUGUGUGAUAUUGCUGCGCAGAACGUUUUUGGUCCUACCAUUGGCGCCGGCUGUCGCAAUGGCUUUGACUUCACUUUGCUAUUCGAAGAGUCGUUCUUUACCAUCCUUCCUUGUUCGCUGUUUCUGCUAUGUCUGCCUCUGCAGCUGUAUCGGAGUCGCACCUCUCCACUAACUCGCCGGGGGCUUUUGUUCCCCGGGAAACUGAUUGCUCAUGUGCUAUCGAUCUGUUUGAAGAUUACGCUAUUGGUAUUGGUGCUUCUUCCCCAGCUGCAGAUCCCAAAGACACGUACAACUGUGGCAGCAGUGGCUCUAGAUGCUGUCACCGCACUGUUAAUGGUCAGUGUAUCCUAUAGCCAGCAUUAUCGCUCUCCUCGACCAUCAACGUUGCUCCUCCUUUUCCUGAGCCUAUCAUUGCCACUAAAUGGAAUCCGGGCCCGAACAAUAUGGGCGGCGCAGACUCAUUUGUUCUGUGCUGUCUUCAUCGCCGGCCUGGGCUUGGACCUAGUGAAGCUUUUGCUUGAGUCCGUUGAACAGAACCCGUUUCUCACCAACGAAGCCACAAAAUCACCACGAGAGACCAUUGCGAAUGUGUUCAACCGUAGUAUGUUUUGGUGGUUGAAUCCGCUCUUGAUCCAAGGAUUUCAAGAAGUCCUUGAAGCCGACAAACUUCUGUCCAUUGAUGCCCGCGUCAACGACGCAGCAGGCAGGGAUCUAUUUACGCGAAAAUGGGACGCAGUGCAGACCAAGUCUUCCUCUGCCUUGACGAUGCUCUUGAUCGUUCACCAUCGAUGGGCCAUUGCAUCUGCCUUUCUACCUCGACUUUGCAUGACAGGCUUCACUUUCGCGCAGCCAUUCCUCCUGACGCGCGUGGUCAGCUUUGUCUCCGAGGCCAAUGAUCCCCUCAGCCAGAAUCAUGGAUACGGGUUGAUUGUCGCCACCAUGUUGAUCUACUUGGGAUUGGCUAUUACCACCGCCAAGAGCCAACACAAGACUUUUCGUUUGAUUACCAUGCUUCGUGGUAGCAUCGUGCCGCUCGUAUAUCGACACACGAUGCACUUGGAUGUUGGCGUCGCACGGGACUCGGCUGCUUUGACUCUGAUGAGUGUAGAUGUUGAGCGUAUCAGCUCCGGCCUGCAGUAUGUCCACGAGGUUUGGGCCAGUCCUAUUGAUAUUGGGCUCGCCCUGUGGUUGCUAGAGCGGCAGCUGGGCCUGGCAGUUGUGGCAUUUGCAUCUGUAUUCCUUUUGUGUACCCUCCUUGGGCUUGGUGUGGCCAGCACCAUGGGUGGACGACAGCAAAGAUGGCUUCAGGCUAUCCAAAACCGUGUGCAAGCCACAUCGGAGAUGCUGAAGAGCAUGAAGGAGGUGAGACUAGGUGGCCUGCAGAAUUUGAUGGCAGACAAGCUCCGCGGAUUACGCGCAGUAGAGGUUUCAGAGUCGACGCCAUUCAAAAGAGCGUUGACUCUGAUUGUUACUUUGUCCUAUACUACAACCUCCACCGGUCCGCUCCUGGCAUUUACCAUGUACAGCCUGCUGGCGAAACGAUAUGGGUCCACCAUGCUCAAAUAUGAUACGGCCUAUACCGCUCUAUCGCUUUUUGCCCUCCUACAGGCACCUAUGGCCUUGAUAUUGGAUGCCAUUGCAGGAUUAGUCUCCGCCUUGGGUGCCCUGGCUCGCAUUGGCGAGUAUUUGUCAAAACCCACGGGAAGCUAUGGCGAAAAAAGCCGACUUCCCCAUCUUCCGGCCUCUUCUGUACUCGACUAUCCAGUCCUCGACGAGAAGAAAUCUCCGAUUAUGGUAAUGGCGCAGGGAUUUAGUGCUGGCUGGGAACCCCAAGGAGCUAUGAUUCUCAAGGACAUCAGUUUUGAGGUUCGACCGUCAAGUAUCAACUUCGUGGUAGGCCCAGUGGCCUGUGGUAAAACCACCUUGUUGCUGGCCAUCCUCGGCGAAGUUGCCCAUCAUGAAGGUCGGCUGGACGUGGCAGUGCCUCGGGUAGGCUACUGCAGUCAGACGCCGUGGAUAACAAAUGGUACAAUUCAACGUAACAUUCUGGGCACUAGUCUCUAUGACCAACCAUGGUAUGACAGGGUCGUGGAGAUGUGUCUUCUCAGAGAUGACAUCUCCACUUUCCCCCAUGGAGAUCAAGAAUGGGUCGGGAACAGCGGUAUGACUCUAAGCGGUGGUCAAAAGGCUCGACUGGCCAUUGCACGCGCUGUCUACGCCAAGGAAAAGGUUCUUCUUCUCGAUGAUGUCUUCAGUGGGCUGGACGGAAAGACCGAAGAAAAUUUGUUUCAUAACCUGUUCGGCCAGGAUGGGCUUCUGAAGGAGGCGGAGAUCACGGUCAUAUUGGCAACCCAUGCUGUCCAACGUCUCGUCUAUGCAGACAAUGUCAUCAUCUUGGACUCGGAAGGGCACAUUGCAGACGAGGGCACUACCAGCGAGGUGAUUGCAACUGCUAAAGAGAUGGCGUUUAGCCCAUCGGAAAAGAAGCAAAGUGUUGUAUCGUCCAACAAAGCCGAGGAGGAUCUUACAAGGAUUCUUUCCGCCGAAGAAGCGCCCAGGGGGGAGGACCGUCGGACUGGCGAUACGGCGGUUUACAAAUACUAUAUCCAGACUGUUCACCCCAUCAGCGCGGCGAUCUUUUUCGUUGCAUGCUCUGUCUUUGUUGUGGGACUCAUCCUGCCCCAAUUCCUGGUCAAAUGGUGGCUGGCCAGAAACGAUGAAUAUACUGUUACCCAUAUGAGGCAGUAUCUCGGCGGAUACGCGGGUCUAUCUGCACUGGCGAUUAUCUCACUCCCUUUCGCAGUUUGGCACCUUACUGAACGAAUGUUGCCACGGGCGUCGAUGCAAUUCCAUGCGUCUCUCCUCACCACCGUUCUUCAUGCACCAUUGCAGUUCUUCUCAACCACUGACGUAGGCACGACCCUGAAUCGCUUUGCUCAGGAUCUCCAAUUGUCCGAUAUGGAACUGCCGCUAGCACUCUUCAACACUUCAGUGGAAUUGCUACUCUGCACAGCCCAGUUGAUUAUUAUUGCGAUAUCCUCCAAAUGGAUUGGCAUUGCCUUGCCAGCACUAAUGGCGGUGUUCUAUCUGAUUCAGAAGUUCUAUCUGCGAACCGCCCGGCAGCUUCGGCUUCUUGACAUCGAAGCCAAAGCGCCUUUGUUUUCUACUUUUCUCGAGCUCAUCUCUGGUCUAGCUACCAUUCGCGCAUUUGGGUGGCAGACCGAAUUUGACAAUCGCAAUCGCGAGGUGUUUGAUCGUUCCCAGAAGCCGUUCUAUCUGCUAUACUGUGUGCAACGCUGGUUGAACCUCGUUCUAGAUCUGGUGGUGGCCGCAGUGGCUAUCAUGGUCGUGACCAUCGGUGUGCGUACCCAGGGACAGGUUGAUGCUGGCUUCAUGGGCAUUGCUCUGGUGAACAUCGUGCAGUUAAGUAUCAGCAUCAAAGCUUUCCUUUCGAACUGGACCCAGCUGGAAAUCUCCAUCGGUGCAGUCUCUCGCAUUAGGUCAUUUGUUUCAGAUGCACCGUCGUCAAAUGGAGACGGAACCGAGAGUCUUCUUCACACAAGGUGGCCUGAGAAGGGGCAGAUAAAAUUCCGGGAUGUGACAGCGCAAUAUGAAGGCUCCCCCUACCCGGUGAUUCGAAAUCUUACUCUGUCGAUUGCGCCAGGGGAGAAGUUUGCCUUGUGUGGGCCGAGUGGAAGUGGUAAAUCAUCCAUCGCUUCUAGCCUCUUCGGUCUCCUCACCUCAUGUGAGGGGACUAUUACUAUCGAUGAUGUGGACAUCUCUACGGUAGCUCGCGACACACUCUACGCUCGCUUAAUCUGCGUCACGCAGUCGCCCCAUCUAAUCUCCGGCUCUAUUCGAGAGAACGUCGACCCCUUUAAUGCACAAUCUGAUGACCAAGCAAUCGAGCUGGCGCUUAAAGAGGUGCAUCUCUGGGAGACAGUAGCCUCGCGAGGCGGAAUCCAUGCCCAACUGUCUGAAGGUCUAUUCAGUGUUGGGCAGCAGCAACUACUGUGUCUAGCCCGCGCCAUGAUUCGUCCAGGCUCGGUGGUAGUGUUGGACGAGGUCACAGCCAGUGUGGAUCGGGAGACAGACCGCCAAAUGCAAGAGAUCAUUCGCCGCCACUUUGCAUCUCGUACAGUGAUCACAAUUGCGCAUCGCAUCUCUACGAUUCUGGAUGCUGAUCGUGUCGCCGUCGUCUCGGACGGAGUGAUUGUUGAGCUGGGCCCUCCAGCGGAACUAUUGGCUCGUGAGCCUCGCAGUCUGUUCCGUGGUCUAUAUGAAGCUACUACAGCCUCCAACCAAUCUUGUGAGACAUUACUGGAGGUGCAGUAG